CUGCGGGUUGUGCAGCUCGCCCGGGCACAGCACAGAUCUGCCUUGGACACGCCUGUUCCUGCAAAGCCGCCGGUUGGUACGAAAUUUCAUGACGAAGGAGGCAAGGUCGGUAGUCAGCGUGGGGAGGCUCCGGCUGACGUGCCUUGAGAGCGAAGGGCAUGAUGAAGAGAUCGACUGUGAUUGCUCAAUUCAGGAUGUAGGUCGCUAAGCUUCGUCAAGAGCACGGCAUCUUUGUCGCUCCAAACGUGGGCCUGGCGCAACAGCUCUUAGGUAGCAUCUUGCCGAAAGCACCGGAUAUAUGUACUUGAACUGUCCAGGAACGUGCUUUCUCCUACCAUCAAGGUAUUUUCCCCUGCGUUAAGCGUCUGGAGCUUCUCUGAUCUUCAGGCACGAUGGGUUUCAAACGUCUUAUCACGGCAGGAGCCCUGCUGCUGCAAGUGGUCUCGUCACAAACUUUCCAAAGACUUGGAACUUGUCCAAAGCUGGGAUGCAUCUUCCCUCCUGAUCAGGCCGAGUUCCUGGCUGGCCAGUACUUUGACAUCCGUCUUGAAGUCCAUGCUCCGGUCAAUGGUAGCGAAGCUGCCCAUAACGGAAAGCCUGAUGAAGCCUUCACCUUCACCAUCACAAGCCCAGAUGGUAAGACUGCGUCUGCUGAGGACUUCUUCAAAGUCGAAGCUCCAAAACUUGAGAAGUGGAACUUCACCUGGUAUGAGGACCUUUUCGCUAAGGAUGCUGGCACUCCAUCUGUUGUCAAUGUGGCUGCGAAGGCGUAUAGACGGGUCUUCCUGAGCACUCCUGGUAUCUACAAUGCGACCUUGACCUACUAUGGAGGUAGCACCACGGUUGCAACGUGGGAAGUUCGUGAUCUGGAGACUGAGCGCAAGGCUAAGAACAUUAUUUUGUUCAUUGGCGAUGGCAUGACUACAAACAUGAUCACUGCUGCCCGUUUGAUUGGCCACAAGAGCAUCAACGGCAAGUACCAGACCAAAAUGCAGCUAGACAAGUUUCCAGUUCUCGGCCAUCAAAUGACCCACUCCAUUGACUCUUUUAUCACCGACUCAGCAAACAGUGCUACUGCGCUCUAUACCGGUCACAAAUCGACUGUUAAUUGCUUAGGAGUCUACGCUGACAGCAGCAAGAAUGCCUUUGACGACCCCAAAGUCGAGACUAUUGCAGAGCUUUUCCGCCGCCUCGUCGGAGGCGCAGUUGGCAUUGUCAGCACUGCAUUCAUUGCGGAUGCUACCCCAGCGGCUCUUACUGCCCACACUCGCGACCGCAAUCAAUAUGGCGCUGUCAUUGAUUCUUUUCUGCAUGGAAUCACGAACUACACGUGGACCAACUGGACUGGGCCAGAUGUCUUGUUCGGUGGCGGAGCUGAGAACUUCUUCAACUCCAGCCUAGGUGGUAAGACUUACCAAGACAAGGACUACUACGCAGAGUUUAAGAAAGCUGGUUACCAGCUUGCUCAGGAUGCUAAUCAACUUAACUCUCUUUCUAAUGAUAAGAAAGCUCUUGGAAUAUUCAGUGUUAGCAACAUGGCCAAAUGGCUCGACCGCAAUGUCUACACCGACAACCUGAAAAAUCAGAACAACUCUGCCGAUGGUCUAAAGAAAGACGCCCUUAACCAGCCAGGCUUGAAGGAAAUGACCUUAAAGGCUAUUGACAUUGUUCAGGCUCGUUCUCAGGGUAAGGGCUGGUUUAUCAUGUCAGAAGCCGCUUCUAUUGACAAGAUGAUGCAUGUUUUGGACUACGAGCGCGCGCUUGGUGAGCUUCUUGAGCUUGAUGACACUGUCAAGGCAACCAUCCAACACCUAGAGAAGAUUGGGGAGCUCAACAAUACUCUUGUCCUUGUCACUGCUGACCAUGGACAUGGCUUUGAUGUCAUGGGUUCUGUUGACACUAAGUAUCUGAACGAGCAGAAGGAUCAACGUAAAAAGCGCAAUGCUGUCGGUGUUUACCAGAACUCCGGCCAAUCACAGUACAUUCUGACUGGCAAUCUGACAUACACUGAGGGCGUCCACUUCCCCUCAAACUGGGAUCCACGAUACACUCUCUUCCAGGGUCUUAAGGCCAAUCCAGAUUACCGUGAGGACUACCAAGUCAACAAGAACGGUCCGCGCACACCAGCUGUGAAUAUAAGUGCCGCGGCUGACUACUAUGUCAACCCUAAGGACAAUCCCAACGGAAUCGUUUACAAUGGUACCUUGAGUUUGGAUGAGCCUCAAGGUGUGCACUCAUUAACCGAUGUGCCUGUCUUUGCGCAGGGACCUUGCCAAGCAAAAUUUGGCGGCGUCUAUUCCGCUACCGAUGUCUUCUACCGCAUGGCGGAAUGUUUUGGUCUUAGCGGCAAGGGAUUGAAACCGUCUAGCCACUAAAUGGAUUGAAGUGCGAUGACAAAGAAGAGGAAGGCGACGGUUUAUCAUAAAGGCAUGAUGAUGAGAUGAGUAGCACAUACUAGACGAUACCAUGUAUAUAGAACACGAUCCUUGAAUAUUAAUUACUAAUGGCG